AUGAUGCGCAUGAUCUGGAGCAAGUUCUGGAUUCCCAAACUCAGGAAUCUAGUUAAGGUCACAAUAAAUUCCUGUCGAGUAUGUGUAGUCUAUCGCAAGAAGUUGCAAACCCAACUCAUGGGUGAUUUGCCAGUAGAACGAUCCACGUUCACCCGUCCGUUUACGCAAACCUACACAGGUCGAGCAUGCCUAAUAACCAAGGGCUAUUUAUCCACGCUCUUAUCAAAAAUAGAGGCAUGCCUCAACUCGAGGUUAAUCUCGCCAUUAUCAGAGAACUCGGCUGACCUACUAGCCCUUAGUCCAGGCCAUUUCCUCGUCGGCGGUCCUCUUGUCUCGAUUUCGGAGCCUAAGGAGAGUGCAGCGUCCUUCCUGAACAGCUGGCAACGUCUCAAGGCCCUUAAUCUGCAGUUCUAUUUCCGUUGGAAAGAGGAAUACUUCAAGGAACUGCAGAAAAGAAACAAAUGGCAACAUCCAACGAGAAACCUUCAAAACGGUGACAUGGUUGUAGUCAAAGAAGGUAACUUACCAUCCAACGAAUGGCGCAAGGGCGAGUCCAAGCCACGCAUCUAUGCAAGGAUCAUCCACCUUCCAAUCGAUUCCAAUGCCACGAUUCCGUAG